AUGGCCCAGAGACUUGUGGUAGUAACGGGUGGUACUGGAACACAAGGGGGCGCCGUGGCCCGUGCCCUUGUAACCGGUGGUAUCUACCGAGUAAGGGCCAUAAGCCGUCAUCCUCACAGCCCGGCCUCCAAGGAAUUGACCGAAAAAGGUGUCGAAGUUGUUUAUGCGACACUAGAAGACCGCGAGUCUCUCAUCCAGGCCUUCCAGGGAGCUUACGCUGUCUAUGGGUGCACUCCCUUUGGACAUUCCACUGAAGAGCAGCAAGGAAAGAACAUCGUGGACGCGUGCAAAGCCAAUCACGUUUCUCUUCUGAUUUGGUCUUCUCUCCCUAAUGCAAUCGAAACUUCUGGCGGGAGGUAUCGGAACAUGACGCACUAUGAUCGGAAGGCAAAUGUAGCUGAGUACAUCGGAAAGGCUGAACAGCCAGCGAUUACAAUUUACACGGGGGUAUUCAGUGACAAUCUUCUGAAUUAUGGGUGGAUCCGCCAAUCAGACAGCGGGACGUGGGUGAUAAAUACGCCAGUCGGUCCGGACGCUGCCAUACCCCAUACUUGGAUAAGAGGCGAUCUUGGCCCAGCUGUCGUUGCAAUGAUCAAUAGCUGGGAAGAGCCUACCAUCAGAGAAGAAUUGAGAGAGCAGCAACCGAUCCACGUAUGCUCGUAUCGCAUUACUGGUACGCAGAUGGCAGAGACGGUUGCAAAAUUGACAGGCCAACCUGCCGUAUUUGCUGGCGCACGCUCUCAGGAACGUGGAGAGCUCGGAGAGAUGUUCCAGUAUCAAGAUGAAGGUCUGCUGUAUCCCGAAGGGGCCAUACCUCCCCCUCUUCUAGCAAAGCUUGGCGUCGAGUUCCACAAGUUUGAGGACUACGUCCUGGCUGAGAUUGCAGCAAAGCGAGACUAA